UUUUACUCUAAUUUUUUAUUUAGAAAAUUAAUUUUAUGUUAAGAAAAAUUCAAUUUCAAUAAAAAAUUCAAAAUAUAUUAACAACUAAAAUAAAAAAUGAUUACAUAAAUUUAUAAUAUUCGUACCAAAGUUUUGUUAAAUAAAUUAAAAAAAGUGUGUUCUAAAUACGUCGGUUAAAAAAGCACAUACCUACAUAUAUAAAAAAUAAAGUUGAUUUAAAUUUUUUUUAAAAUAUGGACAGUAGUAGUAACCAUGAGAAUUCCUCUUUUUGGAAGACAGGAACUAAAAAUGUCCCUGGUCGACCAAGUCCAAAAACAACAUCUAUUAAAAGCACAAAAAAUAGUGUUGGAACAUCAUUUCAAGAUUAUCAGUUAUCAGUUAGCGAUGCUUGGGAUACUGGCGAUGAUGAAUUUUGCAUCAUAUCUGGAAUAGCAGAUACAAAAAUUUCUAAAAGGGUUUCUCAAACAACAGCUAUGAAUGUUAUUGAAACCCAUCGCAGUAACAUAUUACAUAAAUCAAAAGAAAAUACUACAGCUACCGCUCCAGUUAAUAUUAAAGCAACUCGUCAAUUGAGCUUAGGAGAAGAUAAUGUCGCAUGCAGUAAUGAUAAUGAUUUAAAUAAAACUAGUAAUUUUAGUAGCAAAGUAUUGUCAUCGUCAAUUGAAAAUACAUCAACAUCGGAAAACCUAAAUAGGCCAAAAUUUCGCCAAAUACAUGCUUACCCUGGAAGGCCUCAACCACAAAAGUUUACAAGCAAUUCUGAAGAUUCAGAAUAUGAAACUAAAAUAGAGAAAUUUUCAACUAUAUUGGAAAAUCAGUUAUUAGAUUUAAUUGCGUUGAAGCAGUUAAGUUGGUCUGGAAUACCAAGAAAAAUGAGAGCAGUUACAUGGAGAAUUUUAUCGAAAUAUCUUCCACCGAGCUUAGAACGCCGAAGUUCCGUGUUAGAAAGCAAGAGGCAAAACUAUCAUGAUUUGCGUCUAAAAUAUUUUAAAGUAGACAGCCAAGAUGAAAGUCAACAAGAUACAUAUAGACAAAUUCAUAUUGAUGUGCCAAGAAUGAAUCCUCAUAUAUCAAUUUUUCAACAAGAAUUAGUGCAACAAAUGUUUGAAAGAAUUUUGUUCAUAUGGGCAAUAAGACAUCCAGCAUCAGGCUAUGUGCAAGGUAUCAAUGAUUUGGUGACACCAUUUUUUAUUGUUUUUUUGCAAGAAAUUCUUGGACCAGAGCGUGAUUUAGAAACUUUUAAUUUAAACGAGCUGUCUGUAGAUAUUCGUGAUAAUAUUGAAGCAGAUUCAUUUUGGUGUUUAUCAAAAUUUUUAGAUUGCAUACAAGAUAAUUACAUCUUUGCUCAACUUGGAAUUCAAGAAAAAGUCAACCAACUUAAGGAUUUAAUCCAAAGAAUUGAUGGAACGCUUCAUAAACAUUUACAAAAUCACGGUGUUGAUUAUUUACAAUUUUCAUUCAGAUGGAUGAAUAAUCUUUUAACGCGCGAACUUCCAUUGCAUUGUACAAUUAGACUUUGGGACACAUAUUUAGCUGAAUCAGAUGGUUUUGCGUUAUUUCAUUUGUACGUAUGUGCUGCCUUUUUACUUCACUGGCGGGAUCAAUUAUUACAACAAAAUGAUUUUCAAGGUUUAAUGCUUUUAUUACAAAACCUUCCCACGCAUAAUUGGGGCAAUAAACAUAUAAAUGUUUUAGUAGCUGAAGCAUUUCGUUUAAAAUUUACCUACGCCGAUGCACCUAAACACUUAGAAGGUAAAAGUUGACAUAAUUUACCUAAGGGACGUAAAAGUAAUUUCAGGGGGAAUUAUCUUUGUGACAAAAGAAAUUCAAUCAAUAGUAUAAAUAUUUAAACAAUAAAAAAUUAUUGCAAAAAUUGAUAGUAAAUAAAAAAAUAAAAAAGUGUUAUAUAAAAAAAUUGAAAUCGAAGAUAUCAAAGAAUAAAGAAAGAACGAAUAA